AUGCUAUACUGUGGCAAGGACAAACCACUGUCCUCAGGCCAGGACAAACCACUGUCCUCAGGCCAGGACAGGUCCCUAAGCCAGGACAUACCAAUGUUCCUAGGCCAGGUCAUACCACUGUCCUCAGGCCAGGACAUACCAAUGUCCCUAAGCCCGGACAUACCACUGUCCUAAGGCCAGGACAUACCACGGUCUCCAGGCCAGGACAUACCAAUGUCCUCAGGCCAGGACAUACCACUGUCUCUAGGCCAGGACAUACCACUGUCUUCAGGCCAGGACAUACCAAUGUCCCUAGGCCAGGACAUACCACUGUCCCUAGCCCGGGUCAUACCACUGUCUUCAGGCCAGGACAUACCACUGACUCUAGGCCAGGACAUACCACUGUCCCUAGGCCAGGACAAACCACUGACUCUAGGCCAGGACAUACGACUGUCCCUAGGCCAGGACAUACCACUGUCCCUAGCCCGGGUCAUACCAAUGUCUUCAGGCCAGGACAUACCACUGACUCUAGGCCAGGACAUACCACUGUCUCUAGGCCAGGACAUACCACUGUCUUCAGGCAAGGACAUACCACUGUCUCUAGGCCAGGACAUACCACUGUCUUCAGGCCAGGACAUACCA